UUCAGACCCAUUGCCACAGAAAAAGGGGGACAACUCCAUAUUGAUGUCUAAGGAUUUACAAUGGCAUGGCAUGAAAGUUCCUGUACCUGUGCCUGUAAGAAUGGACUGGUUGCACUGUAAUCAGUGUUACAGAAGGGAAGGGAUCGCCUUUGUUGUCACUAGCUGUGGACACAUCGUCUGUGAGGGUUGCGUCAACCCCAGUACAUUUUUGGGUUUAUCUUCCACAGAGCAGUGCACUGUGUGUGGUGCAAGCUGUAGUUACCUUCACAUAUCUGACAAGAUGAAUCCUCAGGAGCAGGCCUACUUCAGUGAUCCAGUGAAGCUCAUUCACUCUCGUCUGGAGCACAUUUCACAAGUAGCUCUCUUCCAGAACAGGCAGAAGGAGAAAAUCACUGCAUAUUUCAAGCAAAAGUCUGUGGAUCUGGAGAAGAGGCUGAAGGAGGCUAAGGAGCAAAACAACAGGGAGGUGUCAGAACUCAGGAGGGAGAAUGCAGAGUUGAAGAAGCCUCUCUCGCAAAGGAGGGCAUCUGUGGGGAAUUUUCAGACAAGCAGCUCCAACAGGAUGUCACGUCCAGUGGCCAUUACCCCUCCAGUUACCCCAGGGCUCCGCUUGCCAAGUACCAUUCUCAGCGGCACUGGUUCUGGGAUGUCCUUAGAGAGGUACGGAGACCAACACCCAGGGAUCAUGACUACCCCGGGUUCAGUCACCUCUGUCUCAAGCCUGCACUCACUCAGGGACCCAGGGCUCUGGACUCCCAUCAGCUCCAUUGGAACAGCUCACAGAACAGAUCCUGCAACUCCAAACUUCUUCCGGUUCGGAACUGGCUCAGCCUUCCUAUCCCCUAUCCCAAGAAACAACCAGCACUCUGGCACAGCAUGGAUGCAGAACUAGAAGACUAGGAAAGGGAACAAUGGCAGGAUCUAUAAAACCAGAAGAUCCUCACCUUCAUACACACACACACCGCCAGUUUGGGUCCAGCAAGCCCAUACGUGUGAACAGUUUAAGACAUGGUGUCCAUUAAGCAUUCAAAAGUGUACAGAAGUAAAUGGAGAUGACAGCUUCA